UAGAGGUCGAGUCAGAUCUGACUCAAAAUGGAAAACAAACGGUCUGACUGCUGAUUCGGUCCGAGUCAGUGGUUGACUCAGAUUCAGACGCCGAGUCAGCUGCAAACAAACAAGCUCUUCAUCUCGACGAUAAUUAUUUUAUCUCUUCUGAAGUACCACAGUUGUUUGGGGAAUUUCUCAAUUUGACAUCCUUUCAUCUAAAAUCCUGUGGCUUGUAUGGAAACUUCCCGAAAAAAGUUCUUCAGUUACAAACACUUGGAAGCUUAGAUUUAUCGUACAAUGAGCUUCUUCAUGGUUUUUUACCAGAAUUUCCUACGGAUGGACUGCUUCAGGACUUGCGACUGUUUUUCACGAGUUUCACAGGUGAACUACCGAAAUCUAUUGGUAAUCUUCAACUAUUAUCCAUCUUAGAUCUCCACAACUCCGAGUUCAAUGGAUCCAUUCCCGCUUCUAUUUCAAAUCUUAACAAACUUCAACUUUUAGACCUUUCAUUGAACAGCUUCACUGGUUACCUUGGUGAUAAUUUCAUCGGCUCUUCAUCUCCAUUGGAGUUCCUUGACUUGGGUCACAAUCAAUUGCAAGGACGUGUUCCCCCGAUUAUUUUUGAAUUCUCCAAACUGCAUUAUCUCGGACUUCAAUCAAUUGGAAGGACCUUCGCUCCAACUACCUCAAAGGAAAGAACCUAAUCUUACCGCCAUCUGCCUCUGUUCUGGAUUACUCAUUAAACAACUUGACCACCAUGAUUCUUCCCACCUUGAUUCUCUAGGUUGGGUUCCAUGUACAACUUGCGGGUUCUCAUAUUGCGGUCCAACAGAUUUUAUGGUCCCUGGGGUUGGGGGAAUCAAGAAACUAAGUGUAACUUCAGGUAGUCUACCCAAAGAGUGCUUUUCAAGUUGGAAGUCCAUGAUGGUAAGCCAAGUAGAAACAGAAUGGAAGGACCACGAUCCGAUAUUAGGAGGUAACAAAGAGUGGAAAUUACAAGCAAAGGACGAGACAUGGAACUGGAUAAAAUCCGAAGAAUUAUUAAAUAAUGAAUCUGUUGGAGAGAUUCCGGAAAUCAUUGGAAAUUUCACAUUUCUUUACACUCUGAAUUUCUCAAGAAAUGCUCUCACAGGCCCAAUCCCAAAGGCUUUCGGGAAUCUUACACAUCUUGAAUCAUUAGACCUCUCGCACAACAAGUUGACCGGAGAGAUUCCACUUGAACUGGGACGAUUGUCAUUCCUUUCAUAUUUUAAUCUCUCUUUCAACAAACUAGAGGGGAAAAUCCCAUCGGGCGGUCAGUUUGAAACUUUCCAGCCAAGUUCUUUUGAAGGGAAUGUCGGCUUGUGCGGUAAUCCCUUGCCAAAAGGCUGCAACAAUACUAGCGCUGAAUCACCAUCAAAUACGUCGAACUCUAAGGGUGGGGAGAUUUCUGUGGAUGAGUUUGAUUGGGUUCUAUUUGUGGUGUCAUCUCUGGGUUUUGUUGUGGGUGCAGGUAUAGUUAUUGGACCUCAAUAUUUAAAGGGAGAGAGUGGGCUAACGGCCGCAUCAACAGAAUUCUGAAGAUCACCUGAAAUGAAAUAAUGUUUUUUUUUAUGCAAGGAGAUGAUGUAAUAUUAAGAACUAUUGUAUUGGUAGCAAAUAACUUCAAGGUG